AUGCUAGUGUCAUCUGUUCAGGUAAAGCUGGUGAAUGGUUCAACUCCGUGUGCUGGCCGGGUUGAGGUGCUCCAUAACCAAGAAUGGGGAACGGUAUGUGAAAAUGGCUGGGACAUCAACGAAGCCCGUGUUGUGUGCCGGGAAGUGGGCUGUGGAGAUGCUAUAGUUGCAUCAGGUGGAGCUCAGUUUGGACAAGGAUCUGGUCCCACUUGGAUUGAUGAAGUCAACUGCACAGGAACAGAAGAUUAUCUAAGCAAAUGCCCAGCAAAAAAAUUGUCAAAACACAGCUGUGACCACAGCAAGGAUGCUGGUGUAGUGUGUUCAGGUAAUGAAGUACCUGAGAUCAGAUUAGUGAAUGGCCUCAAUCGAUGUUCUGGGAGAGUUGAGAUAUUCCACAACAAACUUUGGGGAACUGUAUGUGACGAUGACUGGGACCUUGAAGAUGCCAAAGUGGUGUGUCGUUACCUUGGGUGUGGAGCUGCUUUAUCAGCCCCACGGGGUGCUCAUUUUGGAGCAGGAUCUGUGCCUAUCUGGCUAGAUGGUGUUAACUGCACAGGGACAGAGAAAUCUAUCAGUGAGUGCCCUGCAAAUUACCAGGUGAAGAGUAACUGUUCCCACAUUAAAGAAGCUGGUGUUGUAUGCAGAGGAAGUCUGCCAAGAGUCCGUCUAAUGAAUGGUUCAGAUCGCUGCUCUGGGAGAGUUGAGGUGUAUCGGAAUGAACAGUGGGGAACUAUAUGUGAUGAUGGAUGGGAUCUACAAGAUGCUCAAGUGGUGUGCGGAGCGAUGAACUGUGGAAAUGCCUUAUCAGCAUUAGGAGGAGCACACUAUGGCCAAGGAUCUGGAACCAUCUGGCCCAAAACACUUAACUGCGUGGGAAAUGAAACAUUCCUCAAAGAAUGCCCCAAAAGUCCUUGGGAAGAGCAUAGCUGUGACCACACAAAGGAUGCAAGCGUGAAAUGCUCAAAGGGGAGAAAGAAAGCCAAGUCUCCUCUCCCUCAAGUGGCUGAGGAGGGGGAUGAAGGGGAGGGUGAGAAAUGA